AUGACGACUGGUCAAUUGUUUCUUGUGAUGAAAGUGAUAAUAUAAUAUUCACCGCAAGAAAAAAUAAUAAAGUGCGAGUAUUAAACAAUCAUUGACGAUCUAUUGCGAAAUAGAAUAUCAUCAAAAUGAAUAAUAUGUCAAGCUCUUCUUGGGAAGAGUUAAGAAAACAGGCUCGACUGCUAGAAAAUGAUAUUGACGUGAAGUUAGUUGCCUUUAGCAAGUUAGGGGUAAGCACAGGAUCCUCGAGCCUAAAUUCGGAAAGUGCACCCUUAAUAAACAGCGAUGAUAUGUUUGACACUAUGACUAUGGAGCUCCAACAACUUCUGAAUAAGUUAUCAGCAAUUAAUGACAAAAUGGCAGACAUAGCACCCAGUGGAGCAGCAACAAUGCACACAUUGAAGAGGCAUAGAGAAAUUUUAUUGGACUAUCAACAAGAGUUUUCCAAAACGUCAGCGCGCGUGAACGCCCGUCGCGAGAGAGAGGAGUUACUCAGAGGUGGAAGCCCCACUCCCACCACUUCUGCUGGGCUCAGUCGACGGGAUCAGUAUGCUAAGGAAGCUAAUCAUUUGCACAGUUCACACAUAUUAGUUGAUGAGCAGUUAAAUAUAGCGAUGGAGGCGCGGGAGCAUCUGACGUCACAGCGGCAAACAUUCAAACGGAUGCAGACACGUUUUAACGACAUUACGAAUAGGUUCCCAAUGCUGAACAGUUUAAUGUUCAGGAUAAAUGCAAGGAAGCGGAGAGAUUCUCUCAUCAUUGGUGGAGUGGUCGGUGUGUGCACCUUCCUCAUGCUGUUAUAUGCAUUCCAUUAAAACUAAUAUCUAUUAUUAUUAAGGAAAAGUAAUAAAACCAGUAUGUAUCAUAAAAAUAAUUUAUUGUAAAAAACCAUUUGUUUCGACUUUAAUAUUAACAUAGUU